CGCCGAAAAUAACGAAGAAAGCUGCUUCCUUCUGAUUGUUGAUUUGGCCUUCACCGUGAGAGUGUUGGAUUUGUAUAUUGAAUGUCGAUUUGUUUGCCGCUCUCUCCGUUAUCGCUAUUUGCCCAAAGAUUUUGCAGUUCUGUGACUGUGAAUGAUUGAGGUGGAGAGGGUUACUGCUAAACUUGAUGUCUACUGAAUAAACCUGGGGAAUAUAAUCGAUAGGGAAUAAAAGAAAAUGUACGGGAGAGGUGGUCUUGAGAAAUUCAGGAAAGCUCAAUCUUUGAAACCCUUUUCGGUCUCGAUAAAUUCUGCCCCGAAAACCGCACCCGUUCGAGUUCAACAACAUUCGCAUUCUCAAAAUGUGGCUGCUCAGCCUCAGCAGGAGGACCAAACUCAGGUUCAGCCAGCCACUCAGCUUGGUGGGGGUCAAUAUACCUGGUUGCCUCCUGAUUGGGCUGUUGAGCCUCGCCCCGGUGUCUAUUAUCUCGAAGUUGUGAAGGAAGGACAGGUGCUUGAUCGCAUUAAACUCGAUAGGCGCAGGCACAUCUUUGGGAGGCAACAUCAUACUUGCGAUUUCGUGCUUGAUCAUCAGUCGGUUUCACGCCAGCAUGCUGCUGUUGUUCCUCACAAGAAUGGCAGCAUAUAUGUAAUCGAUUUGGGGUCAGCACAUGGAACAUUUGUUGCAAAUGAGCGUUUGACAAAAGACACACCGGUUGAACUUGAAGUAGGGCAAUCUUUGUGCUUUGCUGCAUCAACAAGAACUUAUAUCUUACAGAAGAAUAAUGUGGCUCUAUUUCCUCGUCGUCCUCCUCCCACCGAGAUAAAUCUACCCCCAAUGCCCAGUCCUUCUGAUGAAGAAGCUGUUGUUGCAUACAAUCCACUUAUAAAUCGUUACGGUCUGAGCAAACCUGAUCCGAUGCCAAAUUCAUAUGCGUCUUCCAUCUCAUUAUCUGGAAAAGAAGACAGCACAGAGGCAGAGAGAUGCGCUAAGAGAAUGAGGAAACUGAAAGUGACCUUCAAGGAUCACGCUGGGGGAGAGCUGGUUGAAGUUGUUGGAAUUUCAGAUGGUGCGGAUGUAGAAACCGAACCCGGGACCCUAGGUGUUAAAGAAGGAAGUCUCUUUGGAAAAUACGAAUCACUUGUACAGACAACCUUAAUUCCUAAAGGUAAGGAUCAAUCAUCCAUAAAGGAAGAAAAUGUUAUUCAGAAAGGUGCGACUGAUAAACUGCAGGAAGUCUUGGAUAAGGUAAAAAACGCUCCUAAAGGUGGGAUUUACGAUGAUCUUUAUGGAGAAUCUUUGUCUGACAAAGUGGGUUCUUCCUGGGCAUACACUUCCGAUAGUUCGACCGGAAGACAAGGGUCAUCUUGUCCUACGAAGGACGCUAUUACAGGAAAGCGUACUGAUGUUUCAAGUGGAAGACCUGGAAGUAAUACUGCCUCUAAUGAUGAUGAUAGUGAAGACGAUUUAUUCAGUGACUACUGAUUGAAUGAAGCUGAAACACUAAUGCAACUUGCAUCGUUCUUCGCACUUCGGUUCGACAAAAUGACUGAAAACACGUUGUGUGAGGUAGCAAGAUAUUGUUUUCAUCUGAAGUUGCAGAAUUUUUUGUUUUCAUCUGAAUGUUCAUCCUGAUUACUGAGAUUGGGAGAUUUUAAAGGAUCAUGUUGUCCUG